UGUAGGACAGGUUUCCUUUUAAGAUACCCAUGCCUUCGCUAUACUUUUGAGAAAAUAUAGAGAUUCUGCAGAAACUUUGCUCUUUUGACUGAAGAUCAUUGUGAAUGAAAGUUUUAUGUUUUGUUUCAGGUCCAUACGUAAAUCAGAUGCGAGCAUCCAGUAACAUCCUUUUCAGUUUUAUCUGUGUGUUCGGCAUGCUAUCAAGCGCUAUCUACAGCAGCAAUAUGAUAGCUUUCUUCACAGUUUCAAAGGAAGUGUUACCUUUCACAACCUUCGAGGAAAUGGUAACACAAGACACUUACAAGUGGGGUACACUCGGUGGUUCUCUGUGGAGCGACUCCUUUGAGAUUUCCAAAGCCCCGAUUCAUAAACAGUUUUGGCAAGGUGUCGUGAGCCUCAAUAAAAGUGACCCCGAUGUGCUCCAUGCAUCCGAGCUGGUACAUAAGAAGAAAGUGAUGGAGGGAAAAUAUGUCUUUGUUGUUGAAUCGGACAUCCUUGAGACAUGGGUACAAGACGACUGUUCACUGAAACUGAUUCCAGGAGUAGCUUUCCCCAUGCGAUAUUCCCUUGGUUUACCUCUAAAUUCACCAUAUGAAAGGAUUGUUUCGGAUUGGUUAUUGUUAUUUUCUGAACGAGGCCUGUAUGAUGUCUGGAGAAGAAAAUGGAUGCCGAAAAAUAAUUCGUGCUCAAUGCAGCACACGAUGAACGGCAAAACUGUCACAGUCACAGACUUGCAAAGUGCAUUCUAUAUCCUUGGAAUCGGAAGUUUUAUUGCCACUGUAUCACUGAUGUUCGAAACUGGCUUUGGCAAGCGACAACGUUCACAACAAGAACAUAAGAGUAAAGGUUAACAAUCACCGUCUUUGAAGAAACAAGCGGUGUCUGUUGAGACUCUACUGCAUGCUGGUCGUAUUAUAAAUGAAAAGGUUCUGACUUCGCCAGCUUCAGGGUGUUACGUGGAGACGGGAUUACAUGGCAAUGCUUUUGCAAGAGAAACUUCAGACUCAG